AUGCAGCUUAUAACACCGUUCGCCUUCCUAAUUCUAGCACAUUUCACCGUCGCCCUCCCAACAGAAUCAUUUGCGGACCGGAUCCGUCCUAUUGAAGCAGCCCGGGAUCUUGACGCUAUUCCAACGCACGUCGACGGCAAAUCAGAAUCGCAAUCAACUUCCAAUGUAUUUCCCUGUUUUGGCCAGCAGGCCUGCCAUCUGAACUCAGCCAGAUCUGUUGAAAAUAAAGCUUUGAAACGCAGGGCCGGCCCAGGAGACAAAAAGAAAAAGAAAGCAAAAAAGCAGAAAUCCAACCCAGGUAGUCCAACGGGGUAUCAUAGUGGAGUCCUGGAUAAGACUAUUGAUGGUCUUAGAAGACAUGCCGCUGUUGUUGCUAUGGCGAUCUGGGACGGGUACAUUAACCUUCAUAAUAACUGGAAAGAGCAUAGGGCCAAACGGAAAGAGAAUAGGGCCAAACGUAAAGCAGCACGAAAAGCUAGCAAGAGUCGUCCUGGACAGGCCCCAGUGAGCCGGGUCACUAGCGAGGUCCCUAACCAGAUCCCUACCUACGAGUCUUGA